CUAACCUGAGUAACCUGACAUAUUGAAAUAUUUGUAUGCAUUGUGUAUGUAUCUAGCCGGUACAAAGCAAAUUUUACAGUAUUAUAUUAACAUAAACUAUUAACUAAAUAAACUGAAUUUUAUGCGAAAUGUCGGGAUACAGACCGAUUUACACCGCCGACGAAGACACAAUCAUCCUGAAAUUCAUCAUUGCAACCCAAAGCUACUAUCAAAUCCGUGGCAAAUCUCUGUGGGAGGAUAUGGCCAAUAGUGGCUUAAUUGAUAGGACCUGGAUGAGCCUCAAGGAACGCUUUGAUAAACAUAUACUGCCCCGGAUCAACGAUUCCAGAUUCGAUUUAUCAGCGACGGGAAAAAAACACAUUGAACUGGGUCACUACCAACUGAGUUUAAAGAUUGACGAUGUGGAUGAAGACGAUGAUUCGGGUGCCGAAAUCUCAGUUGAUAGUGACAGCGAUGAAGAGGAUACAAAGAAUUAAAUCAGGAGAUGAAGAAUGGAUGUCAGGGUUAAGUUACAGAGACUUCGAGGAUCGCUAUACUCGAGAUAUCAUGUCCGAUAUCACCUAAGUGGCAGAGUUGCCUUCAGUAGAUUGAAGACAGUUACAAAAAAAAAUCAUGGUUACUCUGCAUUAUAGGAAAAAUAUAUAAACAUGAUGGUUAACUCCUGACAAGAUACUAAUAUAAAGCAUUCACAUUUUACCAUGAACAUUAUUUACAUUUUGGCAUGUAUACAAUGUUUUUUUUGUUAUUGUUAUAUUUCAAUAAAUACAAAG